AUGAACAAGGUCUGGUCAGCGUUCGCGUUCGGACUCCUCCCGCUCCUGGUGCGCGCGGCUGUCCUGGUGGACUUCCAGGUGGCGCAGCCUCCCCCGCUUCCGGCAGACGCGAACCAGUGUACCAUUGAGAUCUUGACUCAUACGUUCGGUAAUUCAUACGGACAGCCAGCUAUUGUGCAAUACACACCUCCCACGGAUUGUGGGGAAGUAGGCACCUGGGCGGGCAUAAGCCUGAAUUUUACGGUCACCUCCAACGGGACUCAAUACGACCGGCUCGGCGUAUUCACCUUUCAGAAUGUAGAAAUAUGGCGCACAUCUACGCCCGAGCCAACGACCGACGGCAUCAUCUGGACAUACCUGAAAGACGUCACUCGUUAUAUUCCCCUUUUCUCUGAGCCGGGUACUUUCAUUCUUGAACUGGACAACUUGCUCGAAACCGGUCUUACUGGCCAGUAUGCAUCAACUUUGCAUGCGACAUUUUACCAGUCGUCCGAGGCGCACCCGCCGGCACCCAAGGCGAAUGCCAUUAUACCGAUAUCGACAAUGUCAAACACAUCGGCUGACGACGCCUCCGUCCCUCCUAUCUUUUCUACCAAUGUCACGGUCCCUCGGAACGCCGUUCAGAUCUACGCAGAACUCUACGCCUCGGGAAACGCAAAUGAAGAGUUCUGGUACUUCAACACUGCGAACGAGUACCUGAAUGAUCUUCCCUCCGGUACAACUUACGGCGACGGCCCUUUCCGCGAAGUGCGACUUCUGGUCGACGGGCAAGUUGCAGGGGUAGCCUUCCCAUACGCCGUGAUAUUCACCGGUGGUAUUAUCCCUUCCGCCUGGAGGCCAAUUACUUCAUACGGUGCUCUUGACCUCCCAACGUAUUUCCUCGACCUGACUCCCUUCGUCCCUGUGCUUACUGACGGCAACCCGCACAACAUAUCGAUAGACGUCGCCUCCGCCGAGUCCGACCACGCCAUCAACGGGAACUGGUACGUUUCCGGCAACCUCCAGGUUGUAACCGACCCCUCCGGCAGGCCAACCACAGGCAAGAUCACGGCGUACGACGUACAACCUUACGCAGAAGCCACGACCACGGGUAGCGUCGGCGAUGGUGAUGUCAAUAUUACAGUGAAAGCGACGCGGAACGUGCACAUCGAAUCGGAGAUCACUAGCGGGAGCGGCCAGACUACUCACAUCGUUUGGUCGCAGAACUUGCAGUACUCGAAUACUCAGUAUUACCUUAACAACACUUACGUUCAGAAUGUCGUUCAGACUGCCUCUGGAACGGUCCUUUCGACCCACAAUGGUGUGCCUUCCGUGGUGGAUACAUUUUCGUAUCCCCUCGAUAUCAACUACACCGUGUUGAACGCCGCAGGCACCUCCUUCAGCGCAUUCUUUGACCACUCGUACGAUCGGACGCUCCUCCCGAGCCCGUUAAUCACCGGAUCCACUAUUCAGGAGCGUCAGCUUGCAAGUGGCUACUUUACCAUCUCCUCCAGUGGCAACUACGGCAAUGGAACAUCCAACAACACCUUCAACUACGUUGACCUGGCUGGCAACACAUACUGGCGAAACGUGGACGCGGCUCUGAAUAACAUCACAUAUGACGAGCAAGGGGGUAGUCUCGCGCCUGGGGGCUACUUCUCCUUCCCGUCGUUCUCACCUUCCACUGCCCUUACCAUCGCGGGGGCGCGAUUGCCAGGUAGUAAACACAUCGGACAGUAG